AUGAAUUUUGUGUUGAUGACUGAUGAAUUGUAUAAGAAAGGUAUUGAUGGUAGUUGUUCCAGGUGUUUAAGUCAAUCGGAUAAAGAUAUUACCCUAGGAGAAGUUCAUAAAGGUAUAUGUGGUGCCCAUCAAGCUGGAGUGAAAAUGAAAUGGUGGGUUGAAGCUGUUCCUUUAACAGAAGCAGGUCAAAAUGAAAUUAUUGAUUUCAUAGAAGAGUACAUAAUUCAUCAAUUUGAAAUUUCCCAAACUUUGAGUAUUGAUCAGGGGACUAUGUUUAUUGGUCAACGCAUUAAAAAUUUUGCGGCCUCGAGAAAUAUUACUAUGGUAACUUCAACUCCAUACUAUGCACAAGCGAAUGGUCAAGUUGAAGCAGCGAAUAAAAUAUUGAUCAAUUUGAUUAAGAAGCAAAUCGGUCGUAAACCUCGAACUUGGCAUGAAACUUUAAGCCAAGUAUUGUGGGCUUAUCGAAAUUCACCUAGAGGGUUGACGAAUACGUCUCCUUAUAAAUUGGUGUAUGGCCAUGAUGCAGUGUUGCCAUUUGAAAUUAAUCUUAAUACUUUAAGAGUAAUGAGGCAAGAUGAUUUGCCAAUUGAAGAUUAUUAG